UCGGCCCUGCUUCUGGCGAGCGCACUGAUAUCAAUGCUGCGGUACACCCCUCCGUCUGCUAGAGGGCGCGCUUUCACUGCUCAAAUCACGUCCAGUCGGAAAGGUUUCUUCAAAACGAUGAAAACAAGCCCGGUCGGCGUUCAAAGCGAAGUCUGAGGUAAUAAAUCGGCCUAGUUAACGGGCACGACGAGACUGCUGUUUUCUGAAAGGGCGACACUGAGAAAGACUCACGCUGAAUGGAAUAUCACGGCUCCGCGUUCAGUCAGUCAGUCAGCGACUGCUUUUUUAUCGCCUGUGUUUUCUGACACCUCUGAGUGCAGCGAUACUUCAAUACAGCCCAGAGCCUUUAUCCAGGUGGACCGUUCCUGCAGUGGGUCGGUUCUUCAGUCCAGUGUCCUGCUGCAGUGUUUUAAACGCUGCCUUCUUUCUGUGGAUUUGCACCUCUGGUGCAGAAAAGGCUAAUAGCUUAUUAGGCUCCCUGAGACUGAGCACAACAGAAGGUGGCCAUGAAACAAGACUGCAUUCAUUGUGAAACCGAGACCUGUGCUGAACUUUUGGACCAGCAGAUGAUGGAAACGGCAGCGAUAAGGAGUUAAAAUGCCCCCCUCUGGUGCAGUUCCUUCCUGUGCCCUCAUCCUGAAGAUCCUGAAGUAGAGCUUUAUGUCCUUUCCCGAAGAUAACCAGACGGAGGCGACGGGAACGAGCCCUUUGGCUGCGUAACGAAAUCUCCAAAGCGAGUGGACAAAGAGCCGUUGGAGGAAUGAUCUGGAAGGUGGCGAAAGAAUCACCUGCGCUUUCUGGAUGAUGGCAAAGGUCGUGGCGGCGAGGCUUUUCUUCAUCAACUGCGUGUGUCUGCGCUGGGCUUGGGUUUGCUUAGCUGCUUGUAGUGGUAAGGUGGAGCUGCACACCGAGAGAAGGGGUGUCAUCUACAGUCCAUCCUGGCCACUCAACUACCCUGCUGGGGUCAACUGUUCAUGGAACAUCCAGGGAAACCGUGGAGAGGUCAUCACUAUAAGCUUCCACAGCUUUGACGUGGAGGACUCUGGAGGUUGCCGUGGUGACUGGCUGCUGCUGGGCCCCACCUGGAAGGAGGAGUACCGGGUGUGUGGCUCCAUGCUACCCCCUCCCUUCAUCUCCUCCAGGGGACGAGUGUGGCUCCACUUUCACUCACAGGCCAACAGCUCAGGCCUGGCUCAGGGUUUUAGACUCUCCUACAUACGCAGUCGUUUGGGUGAGAGUAGUUGUGAGAGUGAUGAGUAUUUGUGUGGGAAUGGGAAGUGUGUGCCACGGUCAUGGCGCUGUAAUGGUUUAGAUGAGUGUGGUGAUAACACUGAUGAACGGAAUUGUGCCCCUCUGCCCACACUCGUCCACUCCAGCCUGUGCCCUCCAGGCACCCUGCAGUGCAGCCAUGCCCAGUCCACGCGCUGUCUACCCUCUGCACUGCGCUGCAAUGGAGUGCUAGAUUGUCCAGAUGGCUCAGAUGAGGCCCACUGCCCUGACACCUCAUGCGGAAAACGACUCGCCAACUUCUACGGAACAUUCGCCUCACCUGAUUUCUUCAGGCCCAACAGGAGCGGUGGGACGGACUUGUACUGCACCUGGCUUCUGGAUACACAGGAUACAAAGCCUGUGCUCUUGCGUUUGGACCUGCAGCUGGGCGUGGGGGACUCUCUGCGUGUGUACGAUGGUUUGGGGGAAAGAGCGGAGCGGCUGCUGCAGAGUCUGUCCCACCACAACAAUCAUCGGCCUGCCGUGCUGGAAUCAUCGCAGGGCCAGAUGAGCGUGCUGUACCACGUCAAACCACAUAGCCAAGGACAUGGCUUCAACGCUUCAUACCAGGUGAAAGGUUAUUGUUUCCCGGGUGAGCUUCCUUGUGGUCCAGAUGAGGGUUGUUACUCCCAGCAGCAGCGCUGUGAUGGUUACUGGCACUGCCCAGGGGGGCGGGAUGAGGAGAGUUGCCCCCCAUGUCCGCCAGGGCAGUAUCCUUGUGAGGGGGGCGGUGGAGCAUGCUAUCCAGCAACUGAGCGCUGUGAUAACCAGAAGAAAUGCCCGGGCGGCUCAGACGAGAAGAACUGCUUCUCCUGCCAGCCGGGCAACUUCCACUGUGCCACCAACCUCUGCAUCUUCGAGACGUGGCGCUGUGACGGUCAGGAGGACUGUCUGGAUGGCAGUGAUGAACGAGACUGUCCGGCCGCAGUGCCCCGCAAGGUCAUCACAGCCGCGCUGAUUGGCAGCCUGGUGUGCGGCCUGCUGCUCGUCAUUGCUCUGGGCUGUGCUUUCAAGCUCUAUUCUCUUCGGACAAGGGAGUACCGAGCUUUUGAAACGCAGAUGACCCGACUGGAGGCGGAGUUUGUGCAGCGAGAGGCUCCUCCGUCUUAUGGUCAGCUGAUAGCUCAGGGUCUCAUACCUCCAGUGGAGGACUUUCCUGCUUACCAUCCUACUCAGGCCUCCGUCCUGCAGAAUCUCCGCACAGCUAUGCGUAGGCAGAUCCGCCGGCACUCCUCUCGCCGUGGGACGUCCCGACGUAGGCUAGGUCGCCUGUGGAGCCGCCUCUUCCACCGUGGAAGCCGCUUGCGGGGUCAGAUCCCCCUCCUCACACCCCCCGGCCACACACACACUCGCUCUCAUAUCCAACCUGCAAUCAGCCUUCAAGGAUUUAGGGGGGCCGAAGCUCGCAGGGGCGAGUCUGAGCGGCCAGCAACUGGACACACCCCCUCUCCCUGCUCCAGUGCUGCUCUAGGUCUGGCACUGCAGGCACAUGCACAGGCUCUGCAUUUACCCCAAAAUGAGUCACCCCCAUCUCCCUUGUCCCCUGCCUCACUGCGGUCAACGUCCGACACCCUGGAUGACGAAGACGAGGAAGACAGUGAUCACAGGUCUCCAGAAUUAGUAGGUGACCGAAUGAGGUCCAAUCUGGGUGAUGGGGCACCCUCUGCUGGACACAGAGACAUGGACAAACCUUCUGGAGCUCCAAACGAUUCCUCAAAUGGGACAUAUCGGUCACGGGUAUCCAGGAAAACUGUGCAAAGUCUGGCUUCAGAGCUAGGAGGAGUAACGGUCAAGUGUUAUUCCUCACUGGCCAUUUCACCUCUUUCUUCUCCUGAGUCUCUUACCUCCUCCAGCAGCCAGAAUGAGGAUGAAGUGGGCUCUCCAACAUACAAAGAAACUGAAAUCUGCACAGACACAGACUCUAACACACACUCUGACACCCAAGCCCCGUCUCACCUUGAUGACCACUCUAAGGACUGGUCAGUUAGGAAUAAGACUAAUACGCCCUCACCUUGUGAACUCACAAGCAGCGAUGAAGAGGAGGAUGAUGUUCCAUUUGUACACUGAAGAGCCUUUCGCUACUGUAUGUGGAAAUAUUUUACAAUGACCUUGCCAACAUGGAGCAUAUGAUUGAGAAUAUAUGCUUAUGGCUUAUCACACUAAGGGUGGACAGCAUGGCCUAGAAAUCAUCACAAUACUGGAUCUUGAUUGUAUUCAUAAUAGUAAACGUGUACCAGCCACUUGAUUAGAAACUCCCACCUUGUAGGUCCACCUCCCUCGUGUACAGACAGUAGCCCAUAUGUUGAUGCACCAGUGGUCAGUUUCUGACCAGAGAACCAUUCUUGAUUUAUUUAUUUAUUUAUUUUUUGGGUAGUAGUACGCUCUCAGCCCCAUCAGUGUUGCUGUACCUGUUACAGCCAUACCAGCUCCACACACCAUGCCACUACCAUGUCAGUGUCACUGCUGUGAUGAGAAUGGUCCAGAAACUGAUCAAUCAUGAGCGAGGAUUAGAUAUACAAGUGAAGUUUAUUUGAGAUAUCUAUAAUUUCCCGAUGUUGUUUACUAAAACAGGCAAAAUUAACUGCCACUAGAAGACAAUUCUAUCUAGAUAAAAUGAUUUAACAGUUUGUAAACACCUAAGUGUGUUUGCAGUGUUGGCAGAGAGUCCCUUACAGUCUGUAAAGCAUUUCUAGUGGAGACAUGAGGUGUUUCUAAUAAAGUGGAUGGUGAGUGUAUGAUGAGUCAAAGACAACAACAUGCUUGUUUUUAAAAAAAAAAAAAAAAGAUCUAUUGACUAUUAUGAAUAUGUCUUAUUAUCAAGAUCUUUGGGAUGCCAAUUGCUGACCAACAAGUCGGACACCUGGCUGAUAUCAUUACUGAGUCUGCAUAUAGUAUGAUACAAUGCCACAUCAAGAACAUGCAUUGCUUGGACUAUAUUGCAAUAUCACAAUACUUUUCAGUUUGUGAUAAAAAAUUUCUGUUGACUGAUUUAUUUAUCGAUGCGUUACCUGGCUCUAAUUUAUACACUGUCCAAAUCAAAUAGACAUGCGCUGACAUAUGCAGUGCAGCUAAUAUCCUCACCAAGUAGAUACGUAUUAGAAAUGAAAUAAGGACUUUAUUUAUGGAGCCAUAACAAUUUUGAGUCAUAGACAGUGCAUUUCUGUCUGGGUGCUGACUCAGUACAGUCAUUUUCAGCUGAGGGAUCUUCUAACUUAUUUUAAAGUUCUAAUGGAGCUGUGGAGUCGACUUCUUCACUGAAACCUUAUUCACGACGAGACUUGUGACUCAUCUUUUUUAUUUUCAGAAUGUUUUUCAGUUUUUCAUAACCAGAACAGUGCUUGAACCGCCUCGACUACUAGACCGAGCUUCGCUGAAUAUUUCAGACUUUUCGCAAUGGACUUUUAAUAAAAAAUGGCAUUAUUUUUUUAAA